AUGCCUCCGCCUGCGUCGAUGGCAGGCUACCGGGUCGGCUGGAUCUGUCCGUUGUACACCGACAUGCUGGCCGCCCGGGCGAUGCUAGACGAAGACUAUGGCAUGAUCCGUGGCCACGGACAGGACACGAACACAUAUGCGGUUGGGCGGAUCCACGACCAUUAUGUGGUGAUCGCUGGAUUGCCAGCCGGCUUCGACGGGGCACUCACAUCUGCGAGUGUGGUCAAAGACAUACUCCGCACAUUCCAUGAGUUGCGAUUCAUGAUGCUGGUGGGAAUUGGCGCAGGGAUUCCAAACCCGCCCGUCGUGGAUAUCCGUCUAGGAGACGUCGUCAUUGGUCAACCCGCCGGGAGCGACGCUGGAGUGGUCCAGUUCAACCGGGGAAAGAACAUACCAACCUCCAGGUUCGAGAGGAAGGGAAUGCUCUUUCCGCCGUCGCAUUCGUUGUUGACGGCCUUGACGGCCCAAAGAGCCGAGCACGAGCUCCACGGCUCUAGGAAGAUAUGUGAUUUCGUCGCGGAGAUGUUCAACCGCUAUCCCAACCUCAAGCGCGAUUUCUCCUAUCCGGGGCUUAUGUACGACCGCCUGUUCAGGCUCGACUAUCAUCACAUCAAAGAUCAACCAACCUGCCAAUACUGCGUGCGUGAGGCCGAGGUCCCCCGUGAGGCACGCAGCAACACUGGCCCGGCAAUCCAUUACGGACUCAUUGCUUCGGGCGAUCAGAUCAUCAAAGACUCCUUCGUCAGGGAAUUCAUCCGCAGCUCAUACGGCGCCAUGUGUGUCGAGAUGGAAGCGCCCGGCCUGAUGCACAAUUUUCCCGGCUUGAUCAUCAAAGGGAUCAGUGACUACGCCGACAGCCACCGGAAUGAGCGAUGGCACAAAUACGCGGCUGCUGCAGCCGCGGCGUGUACCAAAGAGUUGCUGCACUAUGUCUCUUCCGUCAAGAUCGAGCAGGAGGCCCCGAUCCAGGCGAUCAUCGAUGACGAGGGUAGUCAGUAUUUGGAAAAUUGA